AUGAACCAUGGUUGGGGCCAUAAUGGUUGGAAUCAUAAUGGUUGGAACCAUAAUAGAUGGGGUUGGCGAAGACCUUGGUUUAAUCGUUGGGGUGGAGGAGGCUAUGGUGGCGGAUAUGGUGGAUAUAGUGGAUAUGGAAAUUGUAGAUAUGUAGGUAGCCAUAAUAGUCAUGGUGAUCAUAGUAGCCAUGGUGGUCAUAAUAGUCACAAUCAUGGUAAACAUGAUCAUGGUCAUUCUGAACAUCACGGACAUUUUGGAUCUCAUGGAUAUCAUAAUUUCAACCACAAUAAUCAUAUAUUUUCUCAAUGGAAUCAUGUUAGUAACAAUUACAAUGAAGAUAAUUCAUAUUGGAAUCCAUCAUAUUCAAAUAACUACUAUGGAUAUGGCGAAAAUUAUUAUCCGUCAUAUUAUGUUUCUGGAUAUCCUUAUUCACAAAGUUAUUAUGGAAAUGGUUGUCGUAUUGUUGGAAUAAUUUUUAAGCGUUGGGUUUGUCCAAUAAAUUAUUAUAGAAAAUAA